UGAACGAUGCGACUGCCAGGCUGGGCUGCAGACCUUUUCUCGAGGCUAUAUGCAGGGUUAUGUAAGGCGUGGAUUGGCGAGGGGUCUGGUCUGAUCCUCUUCGCUUCUAACCCAGAGGGCAAAAAGAGGUUUUCUCUGGUAUGCGCAAAAGAACCCCAGAAAGCAUACUGAUGUUUUGCGCAGAAGCACUACAAGAAAAAAGCAAAGGAAGUUGAGAAUUGUUGACCAGGCCUUGAGCGGCCGAGGAUCAUGACGUCGGCAGCCGGGCUCGGCCGAUUGGACGGACGGCGCGUCGCACACGCGUGUACCUAUUGCUCGCGGUGGAAUUGAAGG